GGGGGGCGGGAUCCCCUCCAUCAUCCACUUUGGAGUAGAAACUCCAGCUCCCCGGCCCGCUGGAUUGAGCCGGCCAGCCACGAUUUGAAUGGGCUGAGCAGCUAAAGGGAUUGCGGGAUGUCUCCUUCCCGGGCCCGAGAUCAUUAAGCUCACAGCUUACAAUGGCCUGCCGGCUCCCUGUCUAGCCCUUCGCCUCUCCCUGCUGUGGGGCCAUAUGACCCACCAAACUCCAAGCAGCCCUGCUUGUGACAUUAUUUUGAGCUCAGGCAUGUCUCUUCUAUAUGCCACACAUCCAUGCCUGUCAGGAUAACACUUUGUGCUUCUCAGAGGUUGGGGGGAUGCAAAGUGUGGUUCGUUGGAUACAGAUUAGCUUGCCACUGAGUGGCCCUAUCCAGCGGAGGAGAUGUCUGAAGGCCACUUGGGGAUCAACACCGAACAUGGUGACUGGGAAUGGAGUGCGGAUGCUGGCGAGAGGGCCCGGCUGCUGCAGAGCCCCAAUGUGGAGACGGGGCCCAAGGGCAACGAAGAGCGUGGACCUGCUGCAACCUCAAAGCUGGGAGCUGUCUUCAUUGUUGUGAACGCGGCCCUGGGUGCCGGCCUCCUGAACUUCCCAGCAGCCUUCAGCAUGGCAGGCGGAGUGGCUGCAGGAAUCACGCUGCAGAUGUGCAUGCUGGUUUUCAUCAUUGGCGGCCUGGUCAUCCUGGCCUACUGCUCCCAGGCUAGCAAUGAGCGCACCUACCAGGAAGUGGUUUGGGCCGUGUGUGGCAAAGUCACCGGGGUGCUGUGCGAGGUGGCCAUUGCUGUGUACACCUUUGGCACCUGCAUUGCCUUCCUCAUCAUCAUUGGAGAUCAGCAGGACAAGAUAAUUGCAGCAUUAAUGAAGGACUCCACAGGGGCAGAGAGCGGCCACUGGUACACAGACCGCAAGUUCACCAUCAGCAUCACGGCCUUCUUGCUCAUCCUUCCCCUCUCAGUGCCCAAGGAGAUCGGCUUCCAGAAAUACGCCAGCUGCUUGAGUGUUGUCGGGACCUGGUAUGUCACAGCCAUCAUAAUUAUCAAAUAUAUUUGGCCUGAUGAGAACAUCCCAGAGGAAAUUACAACAAGCCCCUCCUCUUGGAUGUCUGUCUUCAAUGCCAUGCCCACCAUUUGCUUUGGCUUCCAGUGCCACGUCAGUAGUGUGCCCGUUUUCCACAGCAUGAAGCAACCAGAGGUGAAGCCAUGGGGGGCUGUUGUGACAGCAGCCAUGGUCAUUGCUCUUUUUGUCUACACGGGCACAGGAGUCUGUGGAUACUUGACGUUUGGGUCCAGUGUGGAACAGGAUGUGCUCAUGUCCUACCCCUCCAACGACAUCCCAGUCGCCAUUGCCCGGGUUUCCAUCAUUGUCUGUGUUCUCACUUCCUACCCGAUCCUGCAUUUCUGUGGCCGGGCUGUGCUGGAAGGCCUCUGGCUGCGCUACAAGGGGGAGGCGGUUGAAGAAGACGUCGUGCGGGAGAGGAGGCGGCGCCUCUUGCAGACCGUCAGCUGGUUCCUCCUCACCCUCCUCCUGGCCUUGUUCAUUCCUGACAUUGGCAAAGUCAUCUCUCUCAUUGGGGGCCUGGCUGCCUGCUUCAUCUUUGUUUUCCCAGGACUCUGCCUCAUCCACACCAAACUCUCCGAAAUACAAGAGGCCAGACCAGCCGGCUGGUGGGCGAUGGUGAGCUACGGCGUCUUCAUGGUUAUCCUUGGAGCAUUUAUCUUUGGACAGACAACUACCAACGCUAUCUUUAUGGAUCUCAAGAAGUGAUCCCUGCAACUGCCCUCGGAGGGUGCCUUUCCUCCUCUGGAUUCUUGAAUUCCAAUAUUUGGGGAUGUCUCGUGUCAGCAGGAGGCGACCGUUCCCUCCACUCUCCCCCGGUGAUUGUGCUACUCCUGUUUUGUUUUGUUGGGAGCCUCUUCCGAGACUUUGAUUUCCAUCUUCUUUCCCACUUGCUUCAUGACAGACCAGUCAAGUCCCUACAGGGCCACUUGCUGUGCAUGCAGCUUCACACUCUGAACACAAACUGAAUUCCUCUUUGCCUUUUGGGACAUCACUCUCAAAAAGGACUCUCCUUUUGCCCUUGCCUUCCACACACUUGUGUAAGAGGACCCAGGCCAUUCACUACACAACUUCUGCUCUAAAUUUAUGUGCCCGGGGGGCUCAUCUUUGUAUCAUGACCAGUGAUGUAGCAAAGGUCAUGUGGUUGAUAAUGACAUGACUGCACAGUGUGAACUACAGCUUAAUUACUUUAAGGCAGCCUUCCCCAGCCUGGUGACUGGUUUGGAUGACAACUCCCAUCAGCCCCAGCUAGUACGGCCGUAUGAUGUUGGGACAGAUGGGAGUUUCCCUCUGAAACAUUUGGUAGGCACCCUGUUGGUAAAGGCUGGCCUGUGGACUUGGUGCUUAUUGUGGAAGUUAUUUGUUUUUAUAUUGUUGCUAUCCUUUUACUUUUUAUAUUUGAAAAUGAAAACUGACGGAAAAGAUCCUUGAGUUUUAGAUACACAUACAUUGGAAAAGGGAAUAUUUGACUACAUUUGAGGGCAUUUCCUUGGCAUCAAAUUCACACAGGUCCUUCCUUCCUGUCACCUGACUACUUCCUUCCCCUCCUUUCUGGUGAGAUUCGCCAGAUUCAGAUGCCACAUGAACAAACUCUAUUCCUUUGCCGGGCGGUGUCUCUGCUCCAUCCAAUCAUGUUUUAACCCACAGUAUUCAUUUGGUUCUCAGUUGUCAGGGACCUAUUUCCUUUUAUGUUUUCAUUUGAUUAAGUUGAUGCCAGAUUCUGGGGCUGUAGCACAGGUUUGCCAGGUAUGGGGAACCAGUAGCCGCCCCCCCCCAGAUGCUCUCAUCAGCCUGUUCAACCAGCCAGGCCCAAGUGUCAGGGAUGAUGAUGGGAGCUCUGUUAGUACAGCAACAUCUCAGGGCUACACCUUCUGUUGCAGGAUCCCAUUCUUAUCUGUUGGUUCCAAUGUAGCAUUUUGUAGCAUGUUCUGAUGUUUACAAAGCAGAUUUUUAGAAGGUCUCUAUGUCCUGGCAGAUGGGGCUAAAGUCCAGGCUCUCUCUCAAUGUCAAUUAUAUAUUAAUUUUGAAUAUGUUUUUGUGAGGGGCGGAGGUGCAACAUCCCCCCCAGCCCCCAUUUCAAAUCUUGUAUGCCAGGGUGGGGUGGUGGUGGUGAGGUUUGGGUUUUAAUGGGACAAUGUCACCAUAGAAAUAAGAAUUAAAAAGGAAAAUUCCAA